AUGGCCAUGGCCGCGCGGCCACAGACGCCCUCCCAGGAUGCAUACAACGAUCCCGGGACUCUAAGUCGCGGGUACGGUCCGCGCUCUACCCUCUCCCGACCGAGCUCCUUCGCUGGCAGCACUUCCUACAAUUACGGCUCGGGCGCUCUCGACCCGCAGAUCCACAACCCCCGAUUCAGGGAGGACUUCGACGCCGCUAGCCACCGCGGCUCGAUGGCCUACGACGGCCCCGUUGGGGUGCAGCGGUCAGCCUCCACCAUGUCCCAUGUGCGAUCCCAAACCCCCACCCGCGCCGGCACUCUACAGAAAAAGGCCUCCCUGAGCAAAAAGGGGAGCUUGCGCCGGAAUGGAAGUCGCAGGAGUAUGCGCGCGGGCAGCGUGCGAAGUCUCAGCCUGGGCGAUCGGGAAAAGUAUCACACUGAGGGUUCCGACGAUGUGAAUAGCGCUUUCAUGCUCCCGAUCCCUACGACUGGAAACCCGACCGAGGUCCUGGCGAACCGGUUUGGAGCGUGGCGCAAGGUCCUCAAGGACUUGAUUCUGUUCUUCAAGGAGGUCCAGAAAUCCUACGAAACCAGAGCGAAAUUGUUCAUGUCCGCCUCGAAUGUUGUCAACAACCAGACCCUCCCUUCGGCCUUCCUGCAGUCUGGCGGUCUGGCCGAUGCGACAGAGAUCCUCCGGGACUUCCACCGACAAGGGUACACAGAAGCCAACAAGGCUAUUGAAGUGGAGGUCGAGGUGAUCAGUCAAUUGACGGGUCUUCGCAGCGAUCUGCAGAAGAAGACCAAGGAGAUCAAGAGCCUAUCGGGUGAUUUCAAGAACACCGUCGACAAGGAAAUCGAUGGUACCCGCAAAUCCGUGCGAAACCUUCAUGAGGCUCUUGGCCUGGUCGACACCGAUCCGUCUGCGACAUCGGGCAAAGGCGACCCAUUCAUCAUGCGCUUGAAUGUGGAGAAGCAGGUGGAGAAGCAGAUUGAGGAGGAGAAUUAUCUCCAUCGGGCAUACUUGAACCUGGAGAACUCCGGUCGCGAACUGGAGGGGAUCGUGGUCAGCGAGAUCCAAAAGGCAUACAAUGCCUACGCGAGCAUCCUUCGACGUGAGGCCAACGAGGCUCUCGACACCGUAGAGAAGCUGCAGGCCGGUCCCAUCUCCAUGCCCCAGGACCAUGAGUGGAACUCGUUCGUCGCUGACACCGACGAGCUCGUGGAUCCCCGAAUCCCGCUUCGCAAUGUGGAGAACAUCACCUACCCUGGUAAAGAUCAUCCGGCUGCUGCCGAGGUCAGAGCUGGGAUGUUGGAACGAAAGAGCAAGUACCUCAAGAGUUACACUCCUGGAUGGUAUGUUCUGUCGCCGACACAUCUCCACGAAUUCAAGUCGGCCGAUCGGGUGGCAUGGCAAACACCGGUCAUGUCCUUGUACUUGCCAGAACAAAAGCUUGGCUCCCACUCGCAAGAAGACUCGAGCUCACACAAGUUCAUGCUCAAGGGUCGUCAGACUGGUGCGAUGCAUCGAGGCCACUCGUGGGUCUUCCGCGCCGAGUCCCACGAGACUAUGAUGUCAUGGUAUGAAGAUAUCGAGGGACUGAUUAGCACGACGGGCGAAGCGCGCAACGCCUUCGUUCGCAAACAUGUCCGGAGCGUGAGCGGAAGAUCAAUGAACAGCGAAGUGAUGGAGGACGAUGAAGCCGAUCGCACACCCUACUCUGCGGGCUCCGUAAUCCUCUCUCAAGACCGACCCACAUCCUCGCGCCAGGCCGGAGGUGCAUUCCCAAGCGAUGUCCAAAUCGAUCGUCACCUUCAAGCACCGCUAUCGCCAUCAAGCGGUGACAGCUCCGCCGGCCGAGGUGACAUGCUAGCCGCGGCUGGGUCUUACCCGGAUGGCUCAAGUCCUUUCGAUGACAACACCCGACGGGCAGCCAACCAUGAGAGCGACCACGACUCGUACCACGCUUACCAAUCCGGCGAAGGGACCAUCCGUAGGUCCUCGCGACCCAGAGUGACGCAGCAUGAUAGCUACUACGGAGAUUGGAUGGGACCAAGUGCCAUUGUUGCUCAGCAGCAGAAGACCCAACAUCUGGAACCCACCCCGGACGAUCGUGAGGUUCGGUCCGAGGGUGACCAAGCCUCUCUUGCCGCCAUUGCAGGCGUGGGUUUCGCCGGUCGUCGCGAUCACUCGGCCCCUCCGCAGGUGGCUCGUCGGGAGAGUGUUUCAACCGCACCUACCAAUACCAAUGCGACGGAAUACACGAACAACACCAACGCUACUUCAGUAGACGAUACCAUUGAUCAUCCUAAGAUCCUCACCCCCGGUGUGCCACUUCCAUCGGGCGCCGACACUUCAAGUCCACUGGAGUUGCGUGCCAAGAAAGACAGCAUCACUGCCUUGGACAUGAAGAUUCCUGGCCGCUAUCCCCCUACCAACGUGGCGGCAUAA